AUGAGCUAUACCAAAAUGCUAGCCACAACGAUAAUCGAGGUCUCCGCACAUCUAGAUAUCAUCUCCACCGAUCUUCCUAUCUCCGCCUCAAAGACCCGAGUCACCUUCCUCCCCAAACCACACGCAGCCCCCCUCAAAGCCGAACCGUUACCCACCUAUGUCGACGCGCCGACAACAUGUCCCAUCACAACCCGCCUGACGGCAGAGAAAAUAAUGGAUAUUGUGGAAACCUAUGGCUCCCAUGAGCGUACAACUGCAGCUGGAGAAUGGCUCGGCCGGUCGUCGUUCACACCACGCGUGCAGACACAUAUUGCGGUCAACAGGGUGAUCCCUAUGGUACUGCCUGCUUUUCCAAUGAAGAGCAACAAUCGCAUGGACAAGGUUCUAGGCCCUCUUCCAGAUCUGGGGGACGAGCUUGGACUGGCACGGUUGGCGAAUCUCUGUCGGGAUAUCAAGGCUGUAUACCGCCCCGGUGCGAUUGUGGUGAUUGUUACAGAUGGGAUUUGUUAUAAUGAUCUUACAGGGAUUUCGGAUGAAGAGGUCUGGGACUAUGGGAAUCGACUGCGGAAGAUCGCCGUGGAGAAGGGAUAUGCGUGUAUCCAAUUCCACCGCAUUAUGAACAUGUUAGGGCUCUAUACUGGUGCCCAGAUCUCCAAGGCAGAAUAUGUGAGGCUUUGUGAUUUAUCGAGGACAGAACUUCAUCGGCGGUGCGGACGGCCUGGAUUUGAUGUCGACAGAUUCUUGAAAAGCGACGAGGAUUAUCUCCGGACUUAUAACGGAUACGAUAAGUUCAUGAAAGUUGAUUUAAAAUUCAGUCCAGUGACCAAAGAUUGUACGGGCCCUAAACAAUAUAAAAAGAGAAUCAAGACGAUUGCAAAGAAGAUGAUUGUCCGCGGAGUGGAGUACGCCGAGCUCGUACGCCAGAUAUACCCAGACUCACUCCGUCUCUCCAUCCACCCGUCAUCAGGGCAGACGAAGCUGUCCUGUCCCCUUAUCCCACAGGCGAACUCAUUCUCCAUGAGUCCCUGGCACUGUAGCGUUGCAGUGAGAGCUAAUGGAGCCUUUAUCACAGCUCAUAAAGCCUCCCAUCGGGAGAAGUUUGACCUGGUUAACAGGGAUGGUCACCCAUAUUUCUUUCGUGAAAGCUCGCCGCUCUUCCUUUGGGAGGCCUCGGUGGACUUUGAGCACCAUUACGGGCAACAUUUGGUAAUUCGGACACAAGAUGCGAUUGGGCACGACCUAUCUGACUCUGACUUGGAUAAGUUGGCGCUUUUGGCAAUUCAACACACAAGUGUGACGUUCAUGUCUAUAUGA